AAGGUGAUGGUAAAUCCCAUGCUGGGAUUGCAUGCAAGGCAAGAAGAACUGAGAAUGCAGGCGGUUAGUCCCGUCUUCAAGGAUCUCGAAGAGUGGUUGUGUGAAUUGUAGGUGGUUAUACAACUACAGUGCGUGAAUUUUUUUUUGAGGAAGAAGACUCGGCAUGAAGAGGUAGGAACGAAGCUGCAAAUUAGUGAAAAGUGUGAUAAAAGUCGGCGUAAAAAUGGAAGCUGUGACUAGAAACGCGACGAAAAGCGAAGGCUCGUCCGAUUUAAUUCUGGCGAAAGCGGUGGCCAUGUGCGUUUUAGGCAUCGGGUCCUUUGCAAUCGGAAUUCUCCCGAUUAAACUGACCAAGUGGAUUAACAUCAAGUCCGUGGACGGUGACAAAAACUUGUUGAUUUCUUUGUUGUUAUGUUUCGGUGGUGGCGUGCUCUUGUUCACGACUUUCGUCCAUUUGCAACCCGAAGUGCGGGAAAGUUUUAUGAUGCUGGAAUCCCACGACAAAAUUCCCAGUAUAGGCAGUGGAAUUCCGAUGUCAGAACUGGUUUUUUGCUUCGGCUUCUUUUUCGUGUACCUCAUCGAAGAAGUGGUUCACCUCUUCCUUGACAGGAAACUGGACGACGACAGUCUGCACCGCUCGCUCUCCAUCAGGUGCAGCAACAAAAAGAGGAACCUCACUAUCCCGAGGGUCACCCUGAAUAAGUUCGACGACGGGAACAUCAGCUACAUCAGCACUUCGAAUAAAGAGCUCCUCAACUCCCAGUCCACCAUUAACUUCGACAAGCACUCGCAUUCGCACAACAUUGACGCCGCCUUGAAGAAUUCCUUCAGUGGUUUGUUGGCGGUUUUGGCGCUGAGCUUCCAUGCCGUUUUCGAAGGACUUGCGGUGGGUCUUGAAGGCGACGUCCAGAGAGUUUGGUAUUUGUUCGCUGCCAUAGCCACACAUAAGUUGGUCAUUGCAUUCUGCGUGGGAUUCGAACUUGUGACCUCGAAAACGAAGUUGCUUCUGGUUUUGUUGUAUAUAGGAACGUUCGCCGUUGUCACCCCAUUAGGCAUAGGAAUAGGACUAGUCUUGACGGAAUCUCACGACAGCCAUGAGGACGUUGCUUCAAUCGUUUUGCAAGGAAUGGCAGCAGGAACUCUUCUAUACGUCGUCUUCUUCGAAGUUCUAGCGAGAGAACGUGGAAACCACCAUAGCGGCGUUUGGCAAUUGUUUGCAAUUUUACUUGGGUUUGCCGUCAUGUUCUGCUUACAGAUCUUGACUGGACAUGAGCACAGCCACGGAGGUGCUCAUUCUCAUGAUCACGAACAUGCGGAACACUUCGAAGUUACCACCCAUCAUCACCACGAACACAUCCAUUGAUUUAAAGCUAAUUUAUAUUUAUUUAUAUAAUUUUUGAUACAUAAUUUUGUACACUAGAUAACGUUUACGUUCAUGAAUAUUUCCAAUUCGCAUAUUUUUUCCUUUUUUUGUGUGUACCUGAAAUUAUGAAUCAAAUUCUUGUGACUGUGUUUGAAGUGUUAGAAUUAUGUGUAUAUUUUAAAGUGCGAGAUAUGUAGUAUCGUUGAAUGGACUCCAGUUUGAAAAACAGUACUUACAAAACAGAUAGCUACAUAUUUUUUAAAUUGGUAGCAAUAGUGAUAUGUGGCCCAAACAAUGGCAAAAUACUGUUUUUCAUUAUAUUCUUUAACUUUACUCUAACCAGAUCUUAUCUUUAAUAACGUGAAUGCAAUAAUGUCACGUGUGUAAAUAUGUACUUCGAAUUUAAUAAUAAAGUUUUGUAUAAAAUUAA